CAGAUGGAUGCAAUAAUUGAAGAUUAUUUCAGGCGUGGGUUCACAAAUAAGGAGAUUUUAGUGGUUUUACAAGAAUCGCAUAAUAUAAAACUAAGCCUCCGGACCCUGGAAAGAAAACUACAAAAGAACCAGCUAUGGAGGAGACGAAAUAAGACAGAUGAAGCUGAAGUUGCAUUCUUCAUUCACCAACAGCUACAAACAUCGACUAAACAACAUGGCUACAGAUGGAUGCAUCAAAAAUGUUGGAUGGCGGGAAUAAUAACAGACAGAGAAACGGUGCGUCAAUUGAUACGACUGAUGGAUGGUAAUGGGGUGGGUCUGCGUGCCCGGAACCGAUUGAGACAGCGUAUAUACAGUAUGUCAGUCGUGGCCCAAACUACGUAUGGCACAUAGAUGGGUAUGGCAAAUUAAAGCCGUAUGGGAUAUGCAUCAGUGGCUGCAUAGACGGUUUCUCAAGAAAAAUGAUAUGGCUGGAAGCAUACAAAACCAACAGUGACCCUCGUGUUAUCGCGGGAUACUUUAUGGAUGCUGUGAGUGAAAUAAAUGGAUGUCCUCAAAAGGUCCGGUUGGAUCGUGGAACUGAAAAUACACACCUUGCGCAGAUGCAGCGGUUUCUGCACGACAGUGAGGACGAGAAUGGUUCUGAGUGUGUCAUUAUAGGACCAAGUACUGGCAAUCAAAGGAUUGAACGCUGGUGGUGCACAUUGAGAAGUCAAUGUGUCCAGUUUUGGAUGGACCAUUUCGACCAGCUAAAAGCAGACGGCUAUUUUGAGGACUGCUUCAUUGAUAAAUCACUGAUCCAGUUUUGUUUUCAAAACACCAUACAGGAGGAGCUUGAUGAAGUCGUAACUGCCUGGAACAAUCAUCGCAUAAGAGCAAUCGACAAUCCUCGGGAUCCUUAUGGGCAUCCUUCCAUCAUGUAUGCCGUUCCCAACCUUUAUGGGGGUCAAGAUUUCUUGCAGCCAGCUGAUGAACUUAAAAUGGAAAUAUGUAGAGAAGAUUGUCAUUUUAAGGACUAUCCUUGCGAUGAGGAUGUGUUUCGUUUAUGUAUAGAACUUAUGGAUGAGCACAACCUGGAAAUGUCUGAUGACGUGUUUGAAAUUACUGACCUUUAUGUACGACUUCGUCAAAUGGUUACUGCUGCGCUGGAAGAAUAAGGUAUGUGAUUUGAAAAGAACAGCUCAGUAUACCGUUGAAUACAAUCAGUGACACUAUCACUAUAAUAGGGUUUAUCGAAAAUGUUUAUCUUACGUUAAAUAAUUUACAGAACUGUCAUUGUAACUGAAUAGUUUGCGAUGUCGCCUUGGCCCCCUCCAGCUUAAUGCAGACAAGACAGAAGUGGUUGUUUUGGGCCCCAAAAAAUGAAAUGUCUAAAGUCAGUGCUCAACUAGACUGUCAUUGAAAGCCACAAGUCAAGCCAGAAACCUUGGUGUAAUUAUUGACUCCGACUUGAACUUUAACAACCACAUAAAAUCCAUCACUAAAUCUGCCUAUUACCACCUGAAAAACAUUGCUAGAAUAAAGGGGUUUCUGUCUAAGCAAGAUGCAGAAAAACUAGUUCAUGCAUUUAUCUUCAGUAGGUUAGAUUAUUGUAAU